CUGAGGAAAUCUUGGAUUGGAUCGCUUUACAAGUUAAUGAAACAGACACAUAUUCCAUCUGUGUGUCGAGAACUGACUUCUUCAGCAGAGGCAUGCAACAAUGGCAGCGGCAGAAGAAGACAUCACCCAAAUGUAGACUUAAGGUCACAUUCUUUAGCGAGAAAUGCUAGCAGAGAUUGAAAACAGACUCUUUGUUGGAGGGCCAGAUAAGAUAGAGAAGAAUCCUGUGUAUUGUCUCAACAGUUUGGACUCUAACUACUUCAGGAGUGCAGGAGAGGUCAUGGCAGCUAGCCUAGCACAAGGCGGACCUUGUCCUAACUUCAUGCGCGAGUGGUGCUUCAAAUAUCUCUGCUCCGGUGACUCCGACAGCAUUCUAGUGUCUGCCAGUGAUGUAACAGAUUUAGAACUGUCACUGCUUAUUGAGAGGAUAAACAGCGCCACUAAUGAUAACAUCAGUGACCUGGUCGAUGAUAUUGUGACCUGCGGAUACACUGGACUCGUGUCCAUUGAAAAAAGAGACAGCAUGAUUAGAACUGUCAUACUUCACUCCACCAUGAGAGUCCUCCCCAUGCUUGACCAGCUCAGAAAAGGCCUGCAGCUGUAUGAUCUCCCAAAAGUCAUGAAGAGUCAUCAAGAUCUCUGCCAAAAACUGUUCAUUCCAGGGGAAGAUGAUGAGGCGGAUGCAGCCUUCCUUCUGGAGAGCAGCUGUCCUGUCUACAGUGAAAUUGGUUCUGCCAAGCACCAAAAGGAAUUAAACAUCAUGAGCCUUCUCCAGGACUUCCUCCAGGAAUGUUUUAGCCAAGAUAGGAACAUGAGGGCCCCAGCAACAGCAGCGUUACUCCAGAAGGCUUGACUGUAGGACGCAUCGUGCAGUGGAUGACUGGACAACGACACAAGCCUGUUCUGCCAAGUGAGAAGAAGGACUUUGUCAUAAAUAU